GACGAAAACUAGUGCACCGCCAAAAAGAACACAAGCAAAAACGGUCGCAGCCAGCGGCUGGCUCGUUAAGUGUAUAAGCCAGCGGGUUUAUCGCUGCCGGUGCUGCUACAGGCAACGCAACCGUGCAGCGAACCCAUCCCACUCCUAAACAGGACACGGAAACAUCUGCCAAAAUAGAGCCGUAGAAGGAUAUCAUCAUGGCUGAAGCAGAGGGAGGAUCCGAGCAGGAUGAUGUUUCAUUCCUGCGCACGGAAGACAUGGUGUGCCUGUCCUGCACGGCAACCGGCGAGCGCGUGUGCCUGGCGGCGGAGGGUUUCGGCAACCGGCACUGCUUCCUGGAGAACAUCGCAGACAAGAACAUCCCGCCGGACCUAUCGCAGUGCGUGUUCGUGAUAGAGCAGGCCCUGUCGGUGCGUGCGCUGCAGGAGUUGGUCACCGCCGCCGGCUCGGAAACCGGAAACGAAUCGGUAGGAAAGGGAACCGGAUCCGGGCACCGAACGCUGCUGUAUGGUAAUGCCAUCCUAUUGCGUCACAAUAAUAGCGACAUGUACCUCGCAUGCCUUUCGACGUCGUCCUCCAACGAUAAGCUGUCCUUCGACGUCGGUCUGCAGGAGCAUAGCCAGGGUGAGGCUUGCUGGUGGACGGUACAUCCGGCCAGCAAGCAGCGCUCGGAAGGUGAGAAAGUCCGCGUCGGUGACGAUCUGAUUCUGGUGUCUGUGGCAACUGAACGUUAUCUGCAUACGACCAAGGAAAAUGAUCUGUCGAUCGUGAACGCCAGCUUCCAUGUGACGCAUUGGAGCGUGCAACCGUACGGUACCGGUAUUUCGCGCAUGAAGUACGUCGGCUACGUUUUCGGUGGUGAUGUGCUUCGAUUCUUCCACGGUGGCGACGAAUGUUUAACGAUCCCGAGCACGUGGAGCUUGGAUCCGGGCCAGAACAUCGUCGUGUACGAAGGUGGCUCCGUAAUGUCGCAGGCUCGAUCCCUGUGGCGGCUCGAGCUGGCCCGUACCAAGUGGGCCGGUGGCUUCAUCAACUGGUCUCACCCGAUGCGUAUCCGCCAUCUAACGACCGGCCGGUACCUCGGGGUGAAUGAAAACAACGAGCUGAUCCUGAUGACGCGCGAUCAGGCGACGACCUCGCAGACCGCGUUCGUUUUGCGGCUGGAAAAGGACGACCAGAAGGUGAUACUCGAAGACAAGGAUCUGGAAAUCAUCGGCGCCCCGAUCAUCAAGUACGGUGACUCGACGGUCAUCAUGCAGCACUACGAGUCCGGCCUGUGGGUCAGCUACAAGAGCUACGAAACGAAGAAGAAAGGUGUCGGUAAGGUCGAGGAAAAGCAAGCCAUCCUGCACGAGGAAGGCAAGAUGGACGAUGGGUUAGAUUUCUCGCGCUCGCAGGAAGAAGAAUCCCGCACGGCUCGUGUCAUUCGCAAGUGCAGCAGUUUGUUCACCAAGUUCAUCAGUGGCCUUGAAACGUUGCAGGAAAAUCGCCGCCAUUCGAUUUUCCUACAAACCGUCAACCUGGGCGAGAUGGUUAUGUGCCUCGAAGAUCUGAUCAACUACUUCGCCCAGCCCGAAGACGACAUGGAGCACGAGGAGAAGCAGAACCGGCUGCGUGCGUUACGCAACCGGCAGGACCUGUUCCAGGAGGAAGGCGUACUGAACUUGAUCCUCGAAGCGAUCGACAAGAUCAACGUCAUCUCAUCGCAGGGCUUCCUUGCGUCAUUCUUGGCUAGUGAUGAGAGUGGCCAAAGCUGGGACAUGAUCUCGGGUUAUCUCUACCAGCUGUUGGCCGCCAUUAUCAAGGGCAACCACACGAACUGCGCCCAAUUCGCGAACUCCAACCGCCUGAACUGGCUGUUUUCUCGACUCGGUUCGCAGGCCUCCAGCGAAGGCUCCGGCAUGCUGGAUGUCCUGCAUUGCGUGCUCAUCGAUUCACCGGAAGCGUUGAACAUGAUGCGUGACGAGCACAUCAAGGUGAUCAUCUCGCUGCUAGAAAAGCACGGCCGUGACCCGAAGGUCCUUGACGUGUUGUGUUCGCUGUGCGUCGGUAACGGUGUUGCUGUGCGUUCGUCACAAAACAACAUCUGUGACUUUCUGCUGCCGGGCAAGAACCUACUGCUGCAGACCGGUCUCGUCGAUCACGUGGCUAGCAUUCGGCCAAACAUUUUCGUCGGUCGCGUCGAAGGUUCCGCCAUCUACCAGAAGUGGUACUUCGAGGUGACGAUGGAUCACAUCGAGCAGAUGACGCAUAUGAUGCCACACCUGCGUAUCGGUUGGGCCAACACCGCCGGGUACGUACCUUACCCGGGUGGUGGCGAAAAAUGGGGUGGCAACGGUGUCGGUGACGAUCUGUUCUCGUACGGGUUCGAUGGUGUACACUACUGGUCAGCUGGUCGGCGUACUUGCGUCACGCCACGUGACAUCUCCGAACCCUACAUCAAAAAAGGUGACGUGAUUGGGUGCACGCUCGAUCUGAGCGUACCGAUCAUUCGCUUCACGUUCAACGGGGAACAGGUGCAGGGUUGCUUCACCGAUUUCAACCUCGACGGGAUGUUCUUCCCCGUGAUGAGCUGCUCCUCGAAGCUGAGCUGUCGCUUCCUGUUCGGUGGUGAUAAUGGACGGCUCAAGUUCAACCCACCGCCCGGUUUUUCACCGCUCGUGCAGUGCCUUAUGCCACACCAAAACCUCAGCCUCGAUCCGUGCUUCUACUUUGGCAAUCUGAACAAGAACGUUCUCGCCGGUCCGUGGCUGGUCGAGGAUGACUCGGCGUUCGUGCCGAAACCCGUCGAUACGUCGCCCGUUACGUUGCCAUCGUCGGUGGAAACGAUCAAGGAUAAGCUGGCGGAAAACAUCCACGAAAUGUGGGCACUGAACAAGAUCGAAGCCGGCUGGACGUGGGGUGAACGUCGUGAGGACGUGUACCGCAUUCAUCCUUGCCUGACGUCGUUCGAGAAGCUGCCUGCGGCAGAAAAACGCUACGAUUGUCAGCUGGCCGUGCAGACGCUGAAAACGAUCCUCGCGCUGGGGUACUACAUCUCGAUGGAUAAACCACCGGCGCGCAUUCGUCCGAUUCGCCUCCCGAACGAUCCUUACAUGCAAGGGAACGGCUAUAAACCGGCCCCGUUGGACCUGAGUGCCGCGGUACUUACGCCCAAGAUGGAGGAACUUGUCGACCAGCUGGCGGAAAACACGCACAAUCUGUGGGCAAAGGAGCGCAUCCAGCAGGGCUGGACGUACGGGUUGAACGAAGAUUCCGAGAAUCUACGCAGUCCUCAUCUCGUGCCGUACUCGAAGGUCGACGAAGCGAUCAAGAAAGCGAACCGUGACACUGCCUCUGAGACGGUUCGCACGCUGCUCAUCUACGGCUACAAUCUAGAUCCACCAACCGGUGAGGCUAACGAAGCGUUGGCAGCGGAAGCUUUACGGCAAAAGUUUGCCGCCUAUCGCACGUACCGUGUGGAGAAGACGUACGCCGUCACGUCCGGAAAGUGGUACUUUGAGUUUGAAGUACUCACCGCUGGACCGAUGCGGGUUGGCUGGGCAAGGGCCGAUUGUAAUCCCGGUACGAUGCUGGGCAGCGAUGACGCUUCGUGGGCUUUUGAUGGAUACAAUGCGCGCAAGAUGCAUCUGCACACGGUCGAAGACUUUGGUAAACGCUAUAAGAUCGGGGACACCAUCGGUUGCUUCAUAAACGUCUACGAGAAGAGCAUGAGUUUCUCGUUGAACGGCGAGCUGCUGAUGGAUGCGCUCGGUGGAGAGACCACCUUUGCCGAUGUGACUGCACCGGAAGGUGUUGGCUUUGUGCCGGCGUGCACAAUUGGUAUCGGUCAGAAAGCACGAGUCGUCUACGGGCAGGAUGUGGAUUCGCUCAAAUGGUUUACCACUUGCGGUUUGCAAGAAGGUUAUGAACCAUUCUGCGUCAACAUGAAACGCCCGGUCACGCACUGGUAUACAAAGGAUCAGCCGAUCUUCGAGAAUACGGACGAAAUUCCGGAAUGUAAAAUCGACGUCACGCGUAUCCCGGGUGGUGCCGACACACCACCGUGCAUGAAGAUCUCCCACAACACGUUUGAAACAAUGGAAAAAGCGAACUGGGAGUUCUUGCGUCUAUCGCUGCCGGUAACAUGCGCAAACACCUUCAUCAGUGAGACGGAGAAAAUGCACCGCUGGGAGGAGAUUCGCAUUCGUCAGCACCGCCUAAUGACGGAAGUCGAUCAUUCGGCACCGGCGCACUUCGAUCACAUCAUGCGCAGCGGUUUCACGAUGAACGACAUCAAGGGUUUGCAUCGCAACUACUCGGAAGAUGCCGCCGAAGCGGAUGAGAUGAUGCGCAAUGGUCCACGGCGUCCAUCGCGCCAUCAGGCUCGAGGUGGGCUUAGCCCGCCCGGCAUCGAAAUCAAUGGCGAAGCAACGAGCGAUGGUGAGAUGAACGCGUACUCCGACAACGAGCUGGACGGGGGAGACGAUCGCAAGAAGCGAGGUCGCAGUCCGUUCCGGUUGUUCGGUAAAAAGCGCGAUCAGAGCAAAGACAAGCUAAAGGAUCGUCGCACGCCGGAACCGGAACCGCGCAAGAGCAACCUAAAGGCAACGCAACGCGGUCAGCCUUCCCGGUUGUCGAACAGUGAUCUGCGAGCUCAACAACCCAUGGUACCUGAUCGCAAGGGUAUGGGUAGCCCGCAGGUUGAGUCGUUCGGUAACGAGGUGUAUGAUGCGGAAUGUCUUCGGUUGAUCAACGAGUACUUCUACGGUGUGCGAAUCUAUCCUGGUCAGGAUCCCACGCAUGUGUACGUUGGCUGGGUGACUACGCAGUACCACGUGCACAGCAAGGACUUUAGCCAGAACAAGGUUCGCCAUGCUGCGAUCUACGUCGAGGAUGAGAACGAAAAAACCAUUGAAAUUGUUAAUCGUCAGUCAUGCUACAUGGUCCGGGCGGACGAACUCUUCAACGAAGUCACCCAGGACUCGUCUGGUAAGGGCGCCUCACAGGGUAUGUUUGUAGGUUGCUUCGUCGAUACGGCCACCGGUACUAUUCGGUUCACGUGCGAAGGUAAGGAAACGUCACACGUGUUCCUCAUGGAACCGGACACCAAGCUGUUCCCGGCGAUCUUCGUCGAAGCGACGAGUAAGGAAAUCCUUCAAAUUGAGCUGGGUCGUACACCGACUACCUUGCCUUUGUCGGCGGCUGUUCUGCCGACGAGCGAUAAGCAUAUCAACCCUCAGUUCCCACCAAGAUUGAAGGUGCAAUGUUUGAAGCCUCACCAAUGGGCUCGAGUUCCCAAUACGGCGCUGCAAGUGCAUGCCCUGAAGCUGUCCGACAUUCGUGGUUGGUCGAUGUUGUGCGAGGAUCCAGUGUCGAUGCUGGCACUGCACAUCCCCGAGGAAGAUCGGUGUAUCGAUAUAUUGGAGCUGAUCGAAAUCGAUCGUUUGCUGCAGUUCCAUGCGCACACGCUCACGCUGUACGCGGCACUUUGCUAUCAGUCGAAUUACCGUGCGGCUCAUGCGCUAUGCUCUCACGUCGAUCAGAAGCAGCUGCUGUACGCGAUCCAAUCGGAGUACAUGUCCGGUCCGCUGCGGCUUGGGUUUUAUGAUCUGUUGAUUUCGUUGCAUCUGGAAUCGCACGCUACCACAAUGGAGGUUUGUAAGAAUGAGUACAUCAUUCCGCUUGGUUCCGAGCUAAAGGACCUCUACAUCGAUCCGGAAAUGUGCCAUUCGUUGCGCUCACUGCAGACGCUUUCCGUGCGACCGGAAAUGAACAUGACCGAGAUAGCACCCACACCCUCACAAUCGAAUAUGCCGACAAUAGUAGCACCAGAUUCUUCCAGUGAACCCAUACCGGCAAUUGACUCGUUAUAUUCGCCAAGAUUCCCACUCGAGGUGGUAAGAGAGUUCGUCAUGAGCGCCCUCCAGGAGGCGGUGCUAAUCAAUCAGGUACACAAUCGCGAUCCAAUCGGAGGAUCUAACGAGAACCUGUUCCUUCCCCUGAUCAAGUUGAUCGAUCGUUUGCUGCUGGUCGGUGUUAUCACCAACGAGGACGUAGAAAAGCUGCUCAUUAUGAUCGAUCCUGAGACGUGGGAUCCGACCUUCGAAAAGGAGGGCAGAGAUGAGCAUCGUAAGGGACUGCUUACGAUGAAGAUGGCGGAAGGUGCUAAGCUGCAAAUGUGCUACCUACUGCACCAUCUGUACGAUGUGCAGCUGCGGCAUCGCGUUGAGAGUAUUAUUGCGUUCGCUUUCAACCAUGUCGGUGAUCUGCAACAGGAUCAACUGCGCAGAUACAUUGAAAUCAAGCAAUCCGAUUUGCCAAGCGCCGUUGCGGCGAAGAAAACGCGAGAGUUCCGUUGUCCACCGCGCGAGCAGAUGAACGCGAUCCUCGGCUACAAAAAUCUCGAGGAGGACGAUCUGGAAAACGCAUCCUGCGGUCCGGAGCUGCGUGGUCGGUUGAUCGAGUUCCACGAAAAGCUGAUGGGCAAGGUGUCGUUGAAUGCGCUGCAGGAACCCGAGGAGCCUGAAGCUGAUAAAAUUGAGGAUGGCAAACCGGGUGCGCUGAAGAAGCUGUACAACUUCAUCAACGCCGUGAAGGAGCUCGAGGAAGAUCCCAAAGAACCGGUAGAGGAGGAGAAGAAAACACCGGAAGAAGUGUUCCGCAAGGUGCUGAUCAAACAAAUCGUAUCCUGGGCCGAGGAGUCGCAGAUUGAGAACCCGAAGCUUGUGCGCGAGAUGUUUGGGCUGCUGGUGCGUCAGUACGACACCAUCGGUGAGCUGAUCAAGGCUCUGAACAAGACUUACGUGAUCAAUUCUAAAACCAAGGGUGACGUGGCGAACAUGUGGAUUGGGUUGAGCCAAAUUCGCGCUCUCCUGCCCGUGCAGAUGAGCCAGGAAGAAGAGGAGCUAAUGCGCAAGCGGCUCUGGAAGCUGGUCAACAAUCACACCUUCUUCCAGCAUCCGGAUCUGAUUCGUAUUCUGCGCGUGCACGAGAACGUCAUGGCGGUCAUGAUGAACACGCUCGGACGACGUGCUCAGGCGCAGAGCGAUGCUCCGGUGCAGACGGCUGAUGGAGAAGAAUCCGCACCAAAAGAGAAAGAUACCUCGCAUCAAAUGGUGGUCGCUUGCUGUCGCUUCUUGUGCUACUUCUGCCGUACUGGUCGCCAAAACCAGAAGGCUAUGUUUGAUCAUUUCGAUUUCUUGCUCGAAAACUCGAACAUCUUGCUGUCGAGACCGAGCCUGCGAGGAUCGACACCGCUGGAUGUUGCGUACUCCAGCUUGAUGGAAAACACGGAGCUAGCGUUGGCUCUUCGGGAGCACUAUCUGGAGAAGAUUGCCAUUUAUCUGUCGCGUUGCGGUCUUCAGAGUAACUCAGAGCUGAUCGAGCGCGGCUAUCCCGAUCUCGGUUGGGAUCCGGUUGAAGGUGAACGGUACCUCGAUUUCUUGCGGUUCUGUGUCUGGGUCAACGGUGAAAGCGUUGAAGAAAACGCCAACCUUGUCAUUCGUUUGCUGAUCCGUCGUCCCGAGUGUCUCGGACCGGCACUGCGUGGUGAAGGUGAAGGUCUGCUGAAGGCCAUCAUCGAUGCCAACAAAAUGUCCGAACGCAUCUCCGAGCGUCGGAAGAUGCAGGACGAAGCCGAAGGCACGAUCGCUGGGUUGAAUUUCUCCCAUCCGCUUCCGGAAGGAGACGACGAUGAAGAUUACAUCGACACUGGUGCUGCUAUUCUGUGCUUCUACUGCACGCUCGUUGAUUUGCUGGGUCGCUGCGCCCCAGAUGCAGCCGUCAUCGAGCAGGGUAAAAACGAAUCGCUGCGUGCGCGUGCCAUUUUGCGAUCACUCGUACCGCUGGAAGAUCUACAGGGUGUGCUAAGUCUUAAGUUCACGCUGAUCAACCCAGCCGUUGGGGAGGACCGACCGAAAUCAGACAUGCCGUCUGGUCUGGUGCCUGGCCACAAGCAAAGCAUCGUGCUGUUCCUCGAGCGAGUGUACGGAAUCGAAACGCAGGAGCUGUUCUACCGCUUGCUGGAGGAUGCCUUCCUGCCAGAUCUGCGCGCUGCCACGAUGCUAGAUCGCAGCGAUGGGUCCGAAAGCGAUAUGGCGCUCUCGAUGAAUCGCUACAUUGGCAACUCCAUUCUGCCGCUGCUUAUCAAGCACUCGAAGUUCUACAACGAAGCGGAGAACUACGCCAGCCUUCUGGAUGCGACCCUGCACACCGUUUAUCGCAUGUCCAAGAACCGUAUGCUCACCAAGGGCCAGCGUGAAGCCGUUUCCGAUUUCCUGGUUGCUCUAACGUCAGCGAUGCACCCGGCGAUGUUGUUGAAGCUGCUGCGUAAGCUUACGAUCGACGUUUCCAAGCUGUCGGAGUACACGACCGUCGCUCUACGUCUGUUGACGCUGCACUACGAACGUUGCGCCAAGUACUACGGUACCACUGGUGGUGGUCAAGCUUCCCAGUUUGGGGCAUCGUCGGACGAGGAAAAACGCCUCACCAUGUUGCUGUUCUCUAACAUUUUCGAUUCACUCAGCAACAUGGACUACGAUCCGGAGUUGUUCGGUAAAGCGCUGCCGUGCUUGAUUGCGAUCGGUUGUGCGCUUCCACCGGAUUACAGCUUGUCCAAAAACUCUGACGACGAUCUUUACGGUAAACCCACGGGAGGUGGUCCAGAUCAGCCGCAUUACAAUCCGCAACCCAUCGAUACGACCGCGGUACAACUGACGAAUGAUCUGAACCAGAUCGUGCAAAAGUUCAGCGAACACUAUCACGACGCAUGGGCUAGUCGUAAGCUUGAAAAUGGAUGGACCUACGGUGAUCAGUGGUCUGAUUCGAACAAAACUCAUCCACGUUUGAAACCGUACAACACCCUCAGCGAAUACGAACGUGAGCGCUAUCGUGAACCGGUCCGAGAAAGCCUGAAGGGACUGUUGGCAUUGCACUGGAGAAUCGAACACUCCGAGGGUGAUGUGCCACUCUCCAACCGUGGCUCGAUGCGUCGCCAAUCCAAACCCAAUCUUGAAUUGCAGGGCGAUCAAGGUUCACCGUUCAACUACAACCCGCAUCCGGUCGACAUGACCAACCUGACACUGAGCAGAGAGAUGCAAAACAUGGCCGAGCGGUUGGCUGAAAACUCGCACGACAUUUGGGCGAAGAAAAAAAACGAAGAGCUCAAUCAGUGCGGUGGUGCCAUACACGCACAGCUAGUUCCGUACGAUUUGCUCACCGAUAAGGAGAAACGCAAGGAUCGCGAACGCUCGCAGGAGUUCUUGAAGUAUCUCCAGUACCAGGGGUUGAAGCUGCACAAACCAUCUCGAGGACAAACGGAAGAGCCCGGUAUGAGUACGGCAGCGAUCGAGCUGCGAUUCGCCUACUCGUUGCUGGAGAAGCUCAUCUCCUACAGUGAUCGUGCGACGAUCAACAUGAAGCUGUUGCGGCCGUCCUCUACGUUCAGCCGACGAUCGUCGUUUAAAACCUGCUCGCGAGACAUCAAGUUCUUCUCGAAGGUCGUGCUGCCGUUGAUGGAGAAAUAUUUCUCCACCAACCGCAACUACUUCAUUGCGAUCGCGACGGCCACGAACAAUGUCGGGGCGGCUUCGUUGAAGGAGAAGGAAAUGGUUGCCGCGCUGUUCUGCAAGCUUGCCAGCUUGCUGCGCUAUCGGUUGGCCGCGUUUGGGGCUGAUGUACGCAUCACCGUACGCUGCUUGCAGGUGCUGGUGAAGAGCAUCGACGCUAAAUCGUUGGUUAAGAACUGUCCCGAGUUUAUUCGCACUUCCAUGCUGACGUUCUUCAACAACACGGCUGAUGAUUUGGGUCAAACGAUCGUCAAUCUCACGGAUGGAAAGUAUGAUCGUCUGCGUGGCACGCAUCUGAAGACGUCUACUUCUUUGGCUUACGUGAAUCAAGUCAUCUUGCCGAUUUUGACAUCACUUUUCGACCAUUUGGCUGCGUGUGACUAUGGAAGCGAUUUGUUGUUGGACGAAAUUCAAGUUGCGUCGUACAAGAUCCUCUCCGCGCUUUACACCCUCGGUACGGAUACGUCCCUGACGCGCGAUCGCAAAUAUCUCAAGACCGAGCUGGAGCGCCACAAACCGGCACUAGGAUCGUGCCUGGGAGCCUUCAGCUCCUGCUUCCCGGUGGCGUUCCUCGAACCGCACGCCAACAAGCACAAUCCGUUCUCGCUGCUCAAUCGCAUCGCCGAUACCUCGCUGGAAGCGCAGGACAUCAUGACCAAGAUGGAGAGCUGCAUGCCGACGCUGGAGUCGAUUCUGUCCGAGGUCGAUCAGUUUGUGGAGUCGGAAAAAACGUACCAAGAAGCGCAGCACAUUAUCGACGUCAUACUGCCGCUGCUCUGCUCGUACCUGCCGUUCUGGUGGAACCAGGGACCGGAUAACGUCAGCCCGCAGACGGGCAAUCACGUCACGAUGGUUACCGCCGAUCACAUGAACCAUCUGCUGAAGAACGUGCUCAAGAUGAUUCGCAAAAACAUCGCCAACGAGAACGCACCGUGGAUGACGCGCAUCGCUACGUACACUCAGCAGAUCAUCAUUAACAGCUCCGAGGAGCUGCUUAAGGAUGUCUUCCUUCCGUUGGCCGAGCGAGUCAAGAAACGUUGCGACAGCAUGUUCCACAAGGAGGAAAGCUUGCGUGGUUUCCUAAAGUCUUCCACCGAUGAUACCUCCCAGAUUGAAGCACAAAUCCAGGAGGACUGGCAACUGCUAGUCCGCGAUAUCUACUCGUUCUACCCACUGCUGAUCAAGUACGUCGAUCUCCAGCGCAACCAUUGGCUCAAGGACAAUGUUGCCGAGGCGGAGGAGCUGUACAACUACGUGGCGGAGAUCUUUAACGUGUGGUCGAAGAGCCAGUACUUCCUUAAGGAGGAGCAGAACUUCAUCUCGGCCAACGAGAUCGACAACAUGGCACUGAUCAUGCCGACUGCGACUCGCCGCUCGGCCGCCAUCUCUGGCGAUAUGCCAGCGUCCGGUGGUAAGGUGAAGAAGAAGAAGCGCAGCCGUGAUAAGAAGCGUGACAAGGAUAAGGAAAUCCAAUCCAGUUUGAUGGUAGCCUGUCUUAAGCGUCUGCUGCCGGUUGGAUUGAAUCUUUUCGCCGGUAAAGAGCAGGAAUUAGUCCAGCAUUGCAAGGAUCGCUAUCUUAAGAAAAUGCCUGAAUACGAGGUGAUCGAAUUUGCACGCACGCAACUCACGCUGCCAGAUAAACUCGAUCCCGCCGACGAGAUGUCCUGGCAGCACUAUCUAUACUCGAAGCUCGGCAAAAAGGAGCAGAUCGUGCAAGAUAUCGUCGAGAAAACGGACAAAAAGCCCGAAAACAAAAUCGAGGACACGGUCGAGCGUAUCGUCGCAAUGGCUAAGGUUCUUUAUGGACUGCACAUGGCAUGCCGACCUAGAUCUAAAGGUCUUAAUUGGACACACGUUUUAUCACAAGCACGACGCAAAAUGGCUGUUGCAUGUCUAAGAGCAAAACCAAUGUAUAGAUUGAGCAGACACCGUGCUUGCAAUAUCUUUGCCCGAAGCUACUCGGAACUGUGGCUGGAGGAUGAGAACGUCGGGCAGGAAGUCAUGAUAGAGGAUCUGACGCAAACAUUUGAAGAUGCCGAAAAGAAGAAAAAAGACGAAGAAGAAGAGGAAGGCAAACCGGACCCACUGACCCAGCUCGUGACGACGUUCUGCCGCGGUGCAAUGACGGAGCGUAGCGGUGCCCUGCAGGAAGACCCUCUGUACAUGUCCUACGCCAGCAUUGUCGCACGAUCUUGCGGUGAAGAAGAGGAAGAAGGUGGCGACGAAGAGGAAGGUGCUGGAGAAGACGAAGGUGGUGCUAGCAUCCAUGAACAAGAAAUGGAAAAACAGAAGCUGCUGUUCCACCAGGCCCGGUUGGCGAAUCGUGGCGUGGCAGAGAUGGUUCUUCUGCAUAUAUCCGCCUCGAAGGGUGUUCCGUCGGAGAUGGUCAUGCGAACGCUUGAGCUCGGUAUUGCCGUGCUGCGCGGUGGUAACAUCGACAUCCAAAUGGGCAUGUUGAACCACCUGAAGGAGAAGAAGGACGUUGGGUUCUUCACCUCGAUCGCGGGUCUAAUGAACUCAUGCAGCGUGCUGGAUUUGGAUGCGUUUGAGCGUAAUACGAAAGCGGAAGGUUUGGGCGUCGGAUCGGAAGGUGCAGCCGGCGAGAAGAACAUGCACGAUGCCGAGUUUACUUGCGCACUGUUCCGCUUCAUUCAGCUGACUUGCGAGGGCCACAAUCUGGACUGGCAGAACUACCUGCGUACGCAGGCCGGUAACACGACCACCGUCAAUGUGGUCAUCUGUACCGUCGAUUAUCUGCUGCGAUUGCAGGAGUCGAUCAUGGACUUUUACUGGCAUUACUCCAGCAAGGAGCUGAUCGACCCAGCCGGUAAGGCGAACUUCUUCAAAGCCAUCGGCGUCGCUAGCCAGGUGUUCAACACGCUCACUGAAGUCAUCCAGGGUCCGUGUACGCAGAACCAGCAGGCACUGGCCCACUCGCGUCUGUGGGAUGCCGUCGGUGGUUUCCUGUUCCUGUUCUCGCACAUGCAGGACAAGCUGUCGAAGCAUUCGAGCCAGGUGGAUCUGCUCAAGGAGCUGCUGAAUCUGCAGAAGGACAUGAUCACCAUGAUGCUCUCGAUGCUGGAAGGUAACGUUGUGAACGGCACCAUCGGUAAGCAGAUGGUGGACACGCUGGUCGAGUCGGCCUCGAAUGUGGAGCUGAUUCUGAAGUACUUCGACAUGUUCCUGAAGCUGAAGGAUUUAACCUCCACGCCGAGCUUCAUGGAGAUCGACAGCAACGGGGACGGAUGGAUUCUGCCGAAGGAUUUCCGCGAAAAGAUGGAACAACAGAAAAGCUACACGCCGGAGGAGAUCAACUUCUUGCUCGCGUGCUGCGAAACGAACCACGACGGCAAGAUCGACUACAUCGGCUUCGUCGACCGGUUCCACGAGCCGGCCAAGGAGAUUGGCUUCAAUUUGGCCGUCCUGCUGACGAAUCUCUCCGAGCACAUGCCGAACGAGCCACGCCUGGCGCGGUUCCUCGAAACUGCUGGUUCGGUGCUGAACUACUUCGAAUCGUUCCUUGGACGCAUCGAGAUCAUGGGCUCGUCCAAGCGCAUCGAGCGGGUGUACUUCGAGAUCAAGGAGGCAAACAUCGAGCAGUGGGAGAAACCACAGAUCAAGGAAUCGAAGCGUGCCUUCUUCUACUCGAUCGUCACCGAGGGCGGUGAUAAGGAGAAGCUGGAAGCGUUCGUCAACUUCUGCGAGGAUGCGAUCUUUGAAAUGACGCACGCUUCGGGCCUGAUGGCGAGCGAUGACGAUGGUGGAACCGUACGCCGCGAUCAGUCGUUCACGUACAUCAGCGAGGAGGAGGAAGAACGUGCCGCUAGGGAUCCGAUCAAGCGCACCAUCCAGGCGGUGAAAGACGGGCUGUCCUACUCGAUGUACAUGAUCAGUCCGUCCAAUAUCAAGCACCAGAUCACCGUACUGCAGACGAAAUCAUUCCCCGAAAUUAUUGUUGGAUUCUUCAAGAUGAUCUUCUACGCGUUCUACUACUCCGGGUUUGGCGUGUCGGUGGUUAUUAAGUACUUGGUCAACAUCCUGAUGUCGCUGAUGCGAGGCCCUGCGCAGGAAGCGGAAGAGGCGGUCCCGGAGGCGGAACCAUCGCUUCGCGCACUCCCACCGCUACCGCUAGAGGAACCACCGGGAACGGUGCAGGCGUUCGGGUUGGACAUCAGCAAGGAAGAGAACGGACAGUACCGCAUGGCACCACACGAAUCUCCGGCCCUGAGUCCGUCAUCCUCGAUUGAGGAGACCGGCGAAAGCAGCCCCGAAGAUGGUACCGCCGAGCUGACCGGUGAAGGUGUUCCUCCGGGCGAGCAGAUGACGCUGGUCGAUCUGCUUGGCGGAGAAGCAGCGAAACGUGCCGCUCAGGAACGUACCGAAGCGCAGAAAGCACAAGAAGCUACUCUCGCGAGCAUUGAGGCGGAAUCGAAGAAGGCUUCGGCUGAAACGAAGGAACCGGCCGCUGUCCACCAGAUCGAUUUCUCUAAGUACACGAAGAAGUGCGUCAGCUAUCUGGCUAGGAACUUCUACAAUCUCAAGUACGUUGCGCUGGUGCUGGCGUUCUGCAUCAAUUUCAUGCUGCUGUUCUACAAAGUAACGACCUUUGGCGAUGAGGAAGACGGUGAGGGUUCGGGCGAAAGCCUAAUGGGACUCGGUUCCGGGUUGGGCUCCGGCCUGGGCAUUCUGGAAACGGGCUCGGGCGGUGGCGAAGGUGGCAGCGGUGAUGGAGAAGGCGAAGAGGAAGACCCACUCGAGAAGGUGGAGGUGGACGAGGACUUCUUCUACAUGGAGCACGUGCUGCGUGUGGCCGCCAUGCUGCACAGUUUGGUGUCGCUGGCAAUGCUGAUCGCGUACUAUCACCUCAAGGUACCGCUGGCCAUCUUCAAGCGUGAGAAGGAAAUCGCUCGACGCCUCGAGUUCGACGGGCUUUUCAUCGCCGAGCAGCCGGAGGACGAUGACAUCAAGUCGCACUGGGACAAGCUGGUCAUAUCGGCGAAAACGUUCCCCGUCAACUACUGGGACAAGUUCGUGAAGAAGAAGGUCCGCCAGAAGUACAGCGAAACGUACGAUUUCGAUUCGAUCUCGAACCUGCUGGGCAUGGAGAAGACGGCAUUUGCGGCGCAGGAAGCGAACGAGGGCGGUGGGUUCUUCCACUUUAUCGCGAACAUUGACUGGCGCUACCAGAUCUGGAAGGCGGGUGUGACGAUCACGGACAACUCGUUCCUGUACUCGCUCUGGUACUUUACGUUCUCGGUCAUGGGCAACUUCAAUCAGUUCUUCUUCGCCGCCCAUCUGCUCGAUGUUGCGGUCGGGUUUAAGACGCUCCGGACGAUCCUGCAGUCGGUAACGCACAACGGCAAGCAGCUGGUGCUGACGGUCAUGCUGCUCACGAUCAUCGUCUACAUCUACACGGUCAUCGCGUUCAACUUCUUCCGCAAGUUCUACGUCCAGGAGGACGAUGACGGUGAAGAGGGCGACCGAAAGUGUCACGACAUGGCGACCUGCUUCGUGUUCCAUCUGUACAAGGGUGUACGGGCGGGCGGUGGCAUUGGUGACGAGAUCGGUGAUCCGGAUGGCGAUGAGUACGAGGUGUACCGCAUCCUGUUCGACAUCACGUUCUUCUUCUUCGUCAUCGUCAUCCUGUUGGCCAUCAUCCAGGGUUUGAUCAUUGACGCGUUCGGUGAGCUGCGUGAUCAGCUCGAAUCCGUCAAGGAGGAUAUGGAGUCCAACUGCUUCAUCUGUGGCAUAGGCAAGGACUACUUCGAUAAGGUACCGCACGGGUUCGAUACGCACGUGGCCCAGGAGCACAACCUGGCCAACUACAUGUUCUUCCUGAUGCAUUUAAUCAACAAACCGGACACGGAGUACACCGGUCAAGAGACGUACGUGUGGAACAUGUACCAGCAGCGUUGCUGGGACUUCUUCCCCGUCGGUGACUGCUUCAGAAAGCAGUACGAGGAUGAGCUGGGCGGUGGUGGCAGCUAAAAUAUGCUCCCCGGCUGACCACCGUUGCCCAAUGGGAUGGAUGAGCCCUAACCUCACAAAACGCGCGGUUGCACUGCAUCACAAAGCCCCCCAAAACCAAAGAACAAACGCACAAUCAUGGUAGCGAGCGACAAGCGGCUCGAUCUUUUGCGAUCGAUCGAAUCGAGUGCGAUCGAUAGGGAUUGUAAAGUUUUUGACUUUCAUGUAAAUUUUUGCUCCAUCUACCUAUAGAGUUUUUCCAAUCCCCCCAACAUUUUAAUCCACGUAGUGUUUCUACAAUUUUUCUACCCAGCCCAGGGCGCCCGGCCCGGAAGCGACUUGGGGAAGUUCAAACUACCUGUCCAAACGUUAGAUCGUUGUAACGAAAUUUUACUACACUUAAAACAGCUCGUCAGCUUGAUCUUUUUUUCUCUCCGCACGCCAAAAUGGCCGAUCGUCCACACAAUUCGAGCCGCCGCAUUCCCGUAAGCGAACGGAAAUGGGCCAUUUUUUCGCGAAUGUUCCGCGAACCAAACUACGAGAGGAUCGCGCGUGAUCGAGAUUGAAGUAAUGUAGACUAUGGUUGUUAGUUCAAAUUACCAUUUGUGAGAUACAACGCGCAUUGGCGGUACUGCGUGUGACGCCGAUCGACAUUCGAAUCAUCGAACGAUAAAACUGUUUCCCUUAGUUAUGUUUUUGACGAUUUUGGAAUCCAACUUUUGUAAGCGUUACAAGGGGCUGGUCGGUUUUUUUUCUUCUGUUUUAACUGCCUUGAUUUAUUGCUACUCCCCUGCGUAACUAGCCAACCGCAUUCGGAAAACGGCAAGUGACUUUUUUGUUGUCGUUGGUUUGCACUGUUUGUUGUUUUCCCGCUGAAACAAAACGCAUUGUCUCCUGUAGGUUAAGUUUUACUUUCGUUUACAAUUUGAUCGCUGAAAUUGCAACGGUUUUCAAGGUGAAGUGUCUUUUGGCGUUUGCUCCGCCCGACAGCUGCCUGCCUAUUUUUUUGUUCUCUAAACUGCUGCAGUUAUACUAUCGUUUUCAAUUACUCGCCCAGCUCAAGCUAUGAACCGGCGCGAUUAUCUGAACCAUUUUUAUCAAACUAUCAAAAACCCAAUCACACACACACACACUAGUAAUAGUAGUUAUCUACAUUUUAAAUAAAGAAAUUCUAGUUAACUUAUGAGAAUUUUUAAGUAAAUAAAAUUUAAUUAUUGAAAUCUA